CACACUCAGCAUUCGAGUUCGGAAUUCUUGCGAGCUGGUAGCAACUUUUUGUAGUGCUCCACAAAAAGCAGAAGCCAAAUUAAGCCCCCAGUGCCAGGGCCCAGAGUGCUGGCCACUGUCCACUUUAGCCACUUUCGCGCGCGCGUUUCAUGCACUCAGUGCAACUCUUUGGUCGAGUUUUUUGUGCUGCUGCUUAGCGGCAAUUCCCCGCUGCAUUUUGUGCUGGAGUCCCCGUGAAGAAUUCUGUCGCAAAGUGCAAAUGCAUUUUCAUCAUUCCGCAAGUGCAGCUGCAUUUUCUGUAUCACAAUUACAUAUAUCGGCAUAAUCGUUUCUGUCAACGAGUGAAGUGCAAAAAUCGCUUAUCACAACAACUACAAAAAAGAAAUAAAGGAAAGAGUGCGAAAAUAAAAUACAAAAUUCAAAAAUAAUGCCAUAAGUCAGAUAAAGUGUGUAAAUUGUGAAUAUCUUGAAUCAACGAAACGCAAACGUCAAUUGUGAAUGAAUAUGAAUUGAUACCCAAUAAAAGUUAUACUCUUCAGUGUUGUGUUCUUUAAAUAAUGUGAAAGGGAGCCUCAAAGUUUAAGAAUCCAACUUGACUACCUAUUAGAACGUUGAUUAGAAAGUAGGCAGCAGGACUAACGAACUGUACCUGCUGCCAUCAAAAUAAAUAAGUAAAUGUGUAAUAUUCCGAUUCGAAGUUCAAAGUUGUUUAUUCUUUUGACCAAAAUGUUAUGUUGUAUAAAAAUUGCUUACAUGAUCAUCAUAUCUCUUAAACCAUGUGAAACUUGCAGUUAAUCAAGUGAUGAGAAUCAAUAGAUUGAGUCCUAAUUGAAAAGGAAAAAGUUGAAAACAAGUGCUUUGCGAGUGAACAAGUGAAUUGAUCAAGUUUUAAAUGAUUAUGCAUGGUACCUGGUACAAAGGACCACAGUUGGCGCAUCAUCCACACUCGCAUACGCAUAGUCACACACCGCAUAGCCAUACACCGCAUCACAGUGACUAUUCGCAGUUUCGUUCGUAUCCCUCGUUUGUUGUGACACCCUACCAUGAUGGCCAUGCAACGGCCACGGCCACGCCCACACCCUGUACAGCUGCAACGCCCGGAGUGCAGAGCAAUGAGGCGACAGCAAUAAUUCUGGCCAAGACACUUCCACCAUCAACUGCAACAAAUACUGCAACUGCAUCUUUAUUGCCAAGUCCCCCGAUUAAGAUCGAACAGGUCUUUGGUGAGGCAUCCACAGCUCUGGGAGCAGCUGUUGUUGAGGAUUAUGCCCUGAAUUUGGACUGUCCGGUGGAGCAUCAUCAUACAUUUCGGAAACCCCAGAGCAACGAAAACAACAGUUACUCCUGGUCAACGCAAAACGGCGGACACCAACACGACGAAGUCGUCAACAGCAACACGAACAACCCAACAACGCCGCCAACUCCGCCCAUUGAGGGUAGCCAAACAAGUUCGGCAUCCGCAAUUAAUUUGAAUCCAACUCAACCCACCUCACAGCAGCAGACGCGUCCAAACUUUGGCAGUUCCAUAAAAUCACCACCAGAAACAAGGGCCCACAAUUCUAUAGCCACGUGCAAAAGUCAACCAGAGGAAAAUAAUAACAACAACAACAGCAACAGCAACAACUCUAACUCAACAGCAACUGCUGCUGCUGUGGCUGCUGCCGCUGCUGCUGCCGCCGCUGCAAAUAUGCCGAUCGGCAGCGUACAGGGACAGAAUCCCACACAGGGAUUGGUACACUGGAUGAGUGCUGUGAUGGCCGAACAUAUGACAGGUCAAACGCAUCAUGAUCCCACAGCAGCUGUGGGCAUGCAUUACAUGUGGAAUGGCAAUGUCGAUCAUGCUAAGGAUAUAAGCGAUUACAAUCUUUGGCCCCCAACGCCGCGGAGUCAUCAGCAUGCCAGCGAGCAUCAUCCAAUGUCCCUGAAACAGGAAUAUGAGGCCAAAAUGAGUGAUCAUCACCACAAUAAUCUGCAGAAAGGUCACUUUCUGGAUGACAAUCGUUUGGACCAUCAUUCGGUGGCUGGACAAGGUGGCUUGGGCCUAUCGAGUACUCCAAAUGGUGGUGGUGGCGGCGGUGGUGGUGCAGGUGGAGCCAAUUCAAACGGCGGCAAUUCAAGUCUUGGCGCCACUUCACAUCAUGGCAAUCAUGUCAGUUCUGCUGCUGCCGCCGCCGCUGCUGCUGCUGCCCAUCAUCAUAGUUCUGCGGUGGCAGCUGCUUCGGCGGCUGCUCUUCUCGUGGUGCCACAGCCCAUCAAUGCCAGCAAAAUCGGUGGAUCCGGUGUAGGGGGCAGUGGCACAGGCGGUGCUGGUCAUGCGGCGGUCACUGGCGGCGGCGGAGGCGGAGGCAGUGGACGCAAGUAUCAGUGCAAAAUGUGCCCGCAGAUUUUUAGUUCAAAGGCGGAUCUACAAUUGCAUACACAAAUCCAUAUGCGAGAGGCGAAACCGUACAAGUGCACGCAGUGUUCCAAAGCCUUUGCCAACUCAUCGUAUUUGUCGCAGCAUACACGAAUCCAUUUGGGCAUUAAACCAUAUCGCUGUGAGAUUUGUCAACGCAAAUUCACACAAUUGUCGCACCUGCAGCAACACAUACGCACCCACACGGGCGACAAGCCGUACAAGUGUCGGCAUCCUGGAUGCCAGAAGGCCUUCUCCCAGUUGUCCAAUCUGCAAUCGCACUCCCGCUGCCAUCAGACAGAUAAGCCCUUCAAGUGCAAUUCCUGUUACAAAUGCUUCUCGGAUGAACCAUCGCUGCUGGAGCACAUACCCAAGCACAAGGAAUCGAAGCAUUUGAAGACGCAUAUCUGUCAAUAUUGCGGCAAGUCGUAUACCCAGGAAACCUAUUUAACCAAGCAUAUGCAGAAACAUGCAGAGCGAACGGAUAAAAGGCCGCCCAUUGCACCGGGAAGUGUGCCGCCGGGUGGUGGUGGUGGGGUAAAUGCUGCUGCUGCUACUGGCAAUUCCCAAAAUUCUACAACAGGUCCACCACAGUCCAGCAGCAAUCCAGGGGCCCAGCAUCAGCGUAAUAAUUUGGUAUUGCCACCGGUUUCUAUAGCGCCCAGCGAUAAUGGCUAUUGGCCAAAGGUAAGUCCAGAUUCGGCAGCAGCUGAUGCAUAUCAGCAGCAGCAGCAGCAACAACAGCAACAACAACAACAGCAGCAGCAACAACAACAGCCAUUGCAGCAGCAGCAACAGCAGCAGCCUCAUCAUCAUCAUCCGCAACAUGGAAUCCCAGUGCCACCGCAGCAACAUGUCCCGCCACAACAACAACAGCAGCAGCAGCAACAACAACAACAGCAGCAACAAUCCCAACAUCAUCAUCCACAGCAGCAACAGCAACAACAACCUCCGCCGCAACAUUCCAUGGAGGCACAUUAUGCCCAAGCUGCUGCUGCAAAUACAGGACAAAGUCAAAAUGGACAUGCCCCCGAAUUGCAAUCACAUCAUCGCAUGCCCGAUCCGGUCAGAGAAGAUAUAGUGUCCACACCAAGCACCGUGGGUCCCUAUGAUGCCGCCUCGAUAACAAAAGCCACCAGCAACUCGGCAUUUACACCGAUCAAUUCGAUGCCGCCACAUUUGAACUCAUUAAGUCAUCAUCCGAUGGCUCAACGACCUUAUCUCUAUGACGCCAUCAGUUUCCCAAACAAAAACGUCAAUCAGAAUAAUGCGAAUGCCUUUCCCAAUCAAUUGAUCUCUCUGCAUCAGAUCCGUAACUAUGCCCAUCAGCCGGCUGGCCUAAUGGCUGGUGAGCAUCUUUUGGGCGUUAGUGUGGGGCCUGGCAAGGACAAAGGAUAGCUAACAACGUACUUCUAAAUUGCCAGUACGUUGCAAAAUGGGGGAGGGGAGAGGAGGGAAGGUUUCUUCUUAUGCUGGAGGCGGCGUGCAUUACUGUACAGUAUUACUUUGUAGUUAGUUUUUAGAGCAUACUUUCAAAUACUAUUAUUUAAUUUACAUUUUUAAGGACAUUUCGGUAAACGUUUCAUAUUCAAUAUUUUGAGUUUAGACACUGUAAAUGGCCAACAAAUACGUACAUACAAACAUAAUUCUACUUGAAUCACACCGUCCAGUUAUUUUUGUAAACAAAAUUCAUUGAAAUUUCAUUUAGAAUCCAUCAAAGAGAUUUCCUUUGUAAAUAGUUGAUACACGAUUUUACCUACUAGAAGUUUGAUGUAUUUAUAGGUAUAUACAUAUAUAUAUAUUUUAAUGCACAAAACGGAUCUCGCAGUUAAAUCUAAAAUCAGAGAUAUUCAAAUUUCAUGGUAUCCUGCUGCAAACUACAAAAAAAUGAAAAAUCAAUUGAUAAAUAUAUAUAUAUAAAUGUGUAUAUAUACUACUUAUUAGUAGAUCAAAUCAUGUUAGUGGACAACAUAAUUGAUAUAAAACUAUUAAUUAACUAUGUAUGUAUAUUUUUAGAAGUAAAACACACAGAAAGUUUCUAAAAGAAAUUUAAAACAAAUACUAUAACUCAACACGAUAAUGAAGAGAUCAUACAUAUAUAUGUAUAUGAUUCCAAACCGAUUAAAUGUGUUUAAGAAAAAAACUAUGAAUGGAAACUAUGCGAUAGAUAAGUACUAACUAAAACUAAAUACACCUAUUUUGAAUCAAUUCAACUAAACAAACAAAUACAUUUUGAAGCAUGAAAGAAGAAGACUGAAGUGAUCAAAAUUAAAACAAAAAGAAACAAAAUCUUUAAGAAAAAUCAAAUGGUAAACGUUUUUACAGCAAACUAAGCAAGCAAACUGAUUGUAUCCUAACAUAAAAAAAAAGAAGAAAGAAUUGCAAAAAAAAACCUACAAACAAAUUACGACGGAACGCGGGCGAGACAUCAAAUGUAAUGUAUUAUUAAUAUAGAAAACUAAAUUACAAUAGCUAGAGUUUAAUUCCCUAUAAAUGAAUUCUUAAAAGUCGAGAAAUCUCAAUGUAAAGACAAAACGCGCGAAUCGAUUCCCAUAAUCGAAUCGAUUCUCUUAGACAGCUAAGCAUAGAAAAAUACGAUGAAAUAUGAACUUACCAACAUUUAAAAUAGAAAGAAAACAAAGAAAAAGUAAUAAAUAUUCAAGGGUAUUUUGUCGGCUGUCAAUUCCAACAAAAUAUAAACAAAUAACAAAA